CGAGCCAGAGAUGAGGCGGGGCUGGAAGAUGGGUCUGUCCGGGGUACUGCGGUUCUGUCGCCGGGUUCUGUCCUGGGUGCCGGUGCUUGUCAUUGUCCUCGUCGUGCUCUGGUCCUACUAUGCCUACGUCUUUGAGCUCUGCCUAGUGACAGUGUUGAGCCCAGCAGAAAAAGUUAUCUACCUCAUACUCUACCAUGCCAUCUUUGUGUUCUUUGCCUGGACUUAUUGGAAGUCUAUCUUUACACUACCACAGCAGCCAAACCAGAAGUUUCACUUGUCAUAUACAGACAAGGAACGAUAUGAAAAUGAAGAGAGACCUGAGGUCCAGAAGCAGAUGCUUUUUGAUAUGGCCAAGAAGCUACCAGUUUACACAAGAACCGGGAGUGGAGCUGUACGAUUCUGUGACCGAUGCCAUCUAAUCAAACCAGAUCGCUGCCACCACUGCUCUGUCUGUGCCAUGUGUGUAUUAAAAAUGGACCAUCACUGCCCAUGGGUUAAUAACUGCAUUGGAUUUUCCAACUACAAAUUCUUCCUUCAGUUCUUAGCUUACUCUGUUAUCUAUUGCCUGUACAUUGCUACAACAGUCUUCAGCUAUUUCAUCAAAUACUGGAGAGGGGAAUUGCCCAGUGUUCGCUCCAAGUUCCAUGUCCUUUUUCUUCUCUUUGUGGCCUGCAUGUUUUUUGUCAGCCUUGUGAUUCUCUUUGGUUACCACUGUUGGCUUGUCAGCAGAAACAAAACCACCUUAGAGGCCUUCUGCACUCCAGUGUUUACAAGUGGCCCAGAGAAAAAUGGAUUCAACCUUGGCUUCAUCAAAAAUAUCCAGCAGGUGUUUGGAAAUAACAAGAAGUUCUGGUUAAUACCUAUUGGGUCCAG